AUGUCUCUACUUCUAAAGAUGUUGUUGUUAUUCUCCUUCUUCUGUUUCUUCACUGUGGAUUCAGUUUCCCAAGGCUCAGACCCAACCGGUGGACAGUUUAGCUUCAACGGUUUCUUGUAUACCGAUGGAGUUGCUGACCUAAACCCGGACGGUUUGUUCAAACUCAUAACUUCAAAGACACAAGGAGGAGCUGGUCAAGUUCUUUACCAGUUCCCACUUCAGUUCAAGAACUCACCAAACGGCAAGGUUUCUUCCUUUUCAACCACUUUUGUUUUCGCAAUCGUUGCAGUCCGUAAAACAGUCUCCGGUUGUGGUCUUUCCUUCAACAUCUCUCCUACAAAAGGCUUGAGUUCUGUUCCAAACAUCAACCACUCCUCUUCCUCUAACCGUUCUGUGUCUGUUGAACUCCAUACCGCCAAAAGCGAUAAACCGGAUGGUGAAGAUAUAAAACUCGUUGGUGUCAAGGUCGAUAGCUUGCAAACGGAUGGAAAUUGUUCGGCUGGUUAUUACAAAGAUGAUGGUAGAUUGGUAAAUCUAGAUAUUGCAAGUGGGAAGCCAAUACAGGUAUGGAUUGAGUAUAACAACUCAACUAAACAGCUUGAUGUUACAAUGCAUUCUAUUAAGAUCUCUAAGCCUAAGAUUCCUCUGAUUUCUUUGCGAAAAGAUCUUUCUCCAUAUUUACUUGAGUAUAUGUACACUGGCUUCACUUCAGUGGGAAGUCCAACUUCUUCUCACUACAUUCUUGGCUGGAAUUUCAACAACAGUGGAGCAGUUUCAGAUAUAAAUCUCUCUCGUCUUCCUAAAGUCCCUGAUGAAGAUGAAGAUCGGCGGUUAAGUUCCAAGAUCUUGGCGAUUAGUUUGAGUAUAUCAGGAGUUACACUUGUUAUUGUCUUGGUUCUUGGAAUUAUGUUCUUCUUGAAAAGGAAGAAGUUCUUGGAAGUUCUUGACGACUGGGAGGUGCAGUUUGGUCCCCAUAAAUUCACUUAUAAAGAUCUCUUCGUCGCCACUAAAGGUUUUAAGAACAGCGAGCUUCUUGGAAAAGGAGGUUUUGGAAAAGUUUUCAAGGGGAUCUUACCAUUGUCUAGUAUACCAAUCGCGGUAAAGAAGAUUUCUCAUGAUUCAAGACAAGGAAUGAGAGAGUUUUUGGCUGAGAUUGCGACCAUUGGACGACUCAGACAUCCAGAUUUAGUUCGUCUUCUCGGGUACUGCCGACGCAAGGGAGAACUCUACUUGGUGUAUGACUACAUGCCCAAAGGAAGCCUUGAUAAGUUUCUUUAUAAUCAACCAAAUCAAAUUCUUGAUUGGUCACAGAGAUUCAAGAUCAUCAAAGACGUUGCCUCAGGACUCUGUUACUUGCAUCAGCAGUGGGUUCAGGUGAUUAUCCACAGGGACAUUAAGCCAGCAAAUAUACUUCUUGAUGAAAAUAUGAACGCCAAGCUUGGUGACUUUGGACUUGCAAAGCUAUGUGACCAUGAGAUUGAUUCUCAAACCUCUAAUGUCGCAGGUACAUUCGGAUAUAUAUCACCAGAGCUCUCAAGAACAGGGAAGUCAAGCACAAGUUCUGAUGUUUUUGCAUUCGGAGUGUUCAUGUUAGAGAUUACUUGUGGAAGAAGACCCAUUGAGCCACGAGGAUCACCGAGCGAGAUGGUUUUGAGUGAUUGGGUACUAGACUCUUGGGACAGUGCAGAUAUACUGCAUGUAGUUGAUGAGAGGCUAGGGCACAGGUAUCUUGCAGAACAAAUAACUUUGGUUUUGAAACUAGGGCUGCUUUGCUCGCAUCCAGUGGCAGCCACUAGACCAAGCAUGUCAAGCGUGAUCCAAUUCUUAGACGGUGUAGCUACUCUCCCUCAUAACUUGCUAGACCUUGUGAAUGCCCACAUAAUCGAUGGCGGAUUUUAUGCUUUAGGUGAAUCAAUCGAGUCUAGAGGGGAUAGUAGUAACGUUUCCGUGGUCAUGACGGAAUCGUUUCUCUCUAGUGGACGUUAACU